CUGGUAUGCUGUGAAGUCCAUUGAUUACGCUCGUGAUUAGUCCACUCAUUCUACUCAUGAACACCCUGUCGUCGCUUCAGUAGAUCAAAGACACAGAACCAGUUGCAAUCUUGACUCUGAUUGAGUGAUCAAAAUGGGAUCGAGCGCAAAGAAAAAGAAGGAGAAAAAGAAAGAUUUUCAGAAACAAAAACUCAAGGUCGGAAAGGCCAGGCCCAAGGCCGAUAAUCAUACAGAUACCAGCUUCAGUGCAAAAGCCAUCGUCCUCAACCAGCAACUGGACGUGAACGCACCCUCGCAAUCCGCAGCAUUUCUGCACCAUGUCUCGAUGCUGACUUCUCGCUCCGACUCUCAACGGCGAGACUCACUGGCCUAUUUGACAUCUCAUAUCAGCUCCACGGUAGCAUCCAAAAAGGGCACAGCAACAAACACCACGCUUCCCAUCACUACCAACGCACUUCUAAGCAGUCUAUGCCCACUAACUCUCGACGGCUCAGCCGGCGUUCGACAGCAACUACUCAAACUAUUCCAGACUUUGCCCGCCGAAGACAUCCGAGACCACGUCGCCAAAAUCUUGCCCUAUAUGCGUGCCGCCAUGACCCAUCUGUCGCGAGACAUCCGAGCCACCGCGGUCGAGUUUCUGAGUUUCCUCAUCAGGACGGCCGGUUUGGAGUUGGUCGCUUGCCCCGGAGGCUGGUACCAGACUCUGGAGUGUUUUACUACCGUUCUGGGCUGGCGGGGCCCGCGGACCGCUGAUGCCAAAAAUUGGUCGUCUACCAAGGCCUCGUUUGGGGGAGGAGACGCAAAAGCCACGGCGCGGAUCAUGCAGGUUCUCGCGGAGUUCUUGCAAGUCGGAUUGGGAUUCGAUGAUGAUGGCGGCGGCGGCGGCAAUAACACCACAUGUGUUUCUGUUUCUGAUUUGGCAGUCGAUUUCCCUCUAUGGUUUACCAACUCACUUAUGAUGCCGUCCAAGUCGAAUGCCUAUGCUUAUCUGGAUCUUUUCGGGACACCGCAGAAGAAGAAGUCAGAAGAUGACGCAGCUCAACAGAUUCUGGAUGAUCCUGAGGACCGGUUGCAGCUGUUUAUAAAUAAAUUUCAGCCACUCAUCGUGGUUGGUGUUGAUGCUGCCAAGAAGGAGGGUGGUGAACUUGGUCGUGCUUCGGGACUCCUUGCGAAGACUUUGGAGCAGGUUCAACAGCGGCAUGAAAACUUGGGAAAUGUUUGAUUACCCACACCUACGCACAGAGAGAGGCAAGCAGCGUUUCAUUUCCAAUUUUCUUGUCUCAGUGACAGUUGAAUUGCUGCUGGGGAAUGAUCCAAGGUUAGCUGAUGGCCUGUCACUUCAUCCAACAAUUGGGGUCAACUAGCCCUACAGGAACCUUUGAAAAAUACGUUCCUGGUCAGUGUGGCUGGGCUGGGCAGAGCCGAGCUUCAUCGGUUUACGAACCUCAGCGGGACUAUCUAAAGUCAACGCAGACGCAGCAAAAAGCGGUUAUUUCUUCUUAUCCUCUGGGGAAGCAUUCUGUUUCUGCUCCGUUACGCUCUGGAAGGAAUAUGGCUCAAAGUUUAUAUGCCCUCAAGACUGUGCCACAGUAUCAACUCAGCCCAAAUCAAACAAUCCUGCGGCCGCUGGGGCGGGAUCCUGGCAGCAAUACAGAUGAUCCGACCAUGCCGGCUUCAUGGACUCCUGAUCCUGGUCCUGAUCCUGUCAACCAUUGGGUUGGAUCGUUGUGUUUUCCUGCUCCCUCCAUCGGCGCCACCUUUCUCCCUGCCAGCUCCCGUUGGUUCUAGCGAGCAAUCGACAUGGACAGUGACGGGGUCGACUGAUUGAUCGCCACGCCAUCGGUACCCAUCCUUGUCAUUCUUGCUGCGGGAUUGAAGAACCCUACGAACUUAUGCGAUCGCGGGCUACAGUCUGUCUAUUACCGGCGCGAUACCACGGCCAUGAGUUGCCCCCACCGCCGACGGUUAACGACAUUUAACACACAUUCAACACUAAGGCAAGGCCUGGGUCUGGUGUGACGCCAGGCCAACUUUGAUGACUCGACCUUCAGUGGUCCAGUGCCGUCAGGCUGAACUGAAGCGCGACACAAGCAUUCCGCCCUUGUGGAGGUGGUGACGAGACGUUAGAGCUCGUUCGGUCCUGACGCAGAAGUACGGGCAGCAUCCGGGAACGAUCAAAUUAAUUCUUGCGCAAUACAUGCGCAGCCGAGUCACCUAAGUGACCAUACUACCUCGCUGGCUGACUGGAUAUGUACGAUCAUCUCAUUUAGACGGCCGGGAUUCACUCAGACCGAUGAAUAAAGCAGAGCACGCUCUUUCAGACUAUAUCCAAUCCCCACCUUCACCUUCACCCAAUUUGAAGGCCGCCAUACAUAUAUUCAACACCCCUUUUCUUCCUUCCGCCAUUACACAAGCUGUCUGGCUGUCUGGCUCCCCGGCCAGUCUAUUCCAUCCACAAUUCCACCUCAUUCCCAUAGUAUCCAUAUCCAUCCUCUCAUUUCUCCCCCGGCAGCCUCACUUUCAACCACUCGUCGACCUUAACAUUAGCCCAUUCAUCCGUAUCAAACCAACCAAUAUAAUUCCGAUCCCCAAACCCACCAAUCCAAUAAACCUCCCUGACAAUCAACCUCAUCCACACCCCCUUAUGAGCAGCCCACUUCUUCCCCGGCAACCACAUAACACUAUCACGAUGCACGCGUGUAAAACAAGCCGGACUAUCUCUGUUUUUCACCUCAUCUUCCGGGAUUUCCUCAAGAUACCCCACCAUAUUCAACCUGGGCAAAUUGGCCGCCGACCACGGCUGCCGAUGCGUGAGAUGCACAUAUUCGUCCCACCACGACAGGGUGAGCGAGACGUUGGACCCCGCCAGGGCAUUCUGUGUCGAUGUCGACACCGUCAUUGCCAGAAUCGUCGGGUUGCCGCUCGGUUCUUCGCAUGAGGCGAUGUAUUCUGGCAAUCCGAUCGGUGUGUUGGCCACGUCGGAGGGAAUGCGGUCGGAAGUGAUGUUGGAUGGGAAUGUUGUGGUCAAAACACCGGUUUUGGAGAGGCCUAGGAGGCGCCGUCCGAGAACUGUGGAUUCGUACCGUGAUGGAAUCCUAAAAGAGGAGGAGGAGGAAUCCUCUUCGAGUCCGGCCUCGACGAUCUGGUCUAGUGAUGCAUCCACCACCGCCGAGUUGCUUGUUGGAGUGUCUGGCUGCGCCAACGGUUGCGGAGGCAGUUGGACUUGGAUGUGAGGUGUCAAUGGGGUUUCAAUUUGACUCUCCAAGACUGGGACGCAGCGGCCGAACAGUGGCAGGAGCAGUACAGCUGUCGCGGAGAGCAGGGAUCCUGAGAAAUACAUCUUCUUGAAUAAUUUGUUUGCAGACUCUUGAUUCACCAGGCUGUGCAGUGGUUCUUUUGUAUUCUUGGUUUGAUGACAGGUACGGUCCACGAACACCGGCUAUUCGGUCAUUCGGUCGGUCCGUCGGUCUGUCGGUCCGUCAACAAGUUGUCGAACAAGGUAUUAGGUCUUGAUAAAUAUCAAUGAGUAAGGGAUCAAAUUCAGUAAGCCA